AUGGCCACCCUACACGAAGUGACGGAUCUCUUCUCAAAACUCGCUUUACACUUGCAAACCCUAAAUCACGCUUCACUAAUCGAUGAACAACGACAAGACGAUGACUCGCUUGACUAUGCAAUUUCGAAGCUUAAUCAGUCUCUCAACAUUGACGAAGAUUCUAGGGUUACGGUUCUGGACACUGCCCUGUCCCUCAUGUGCUUCAAGGCACCGGAGGUUUUUGAUUCGACGAUUGAGUAUUUGGUCAAGACGAUUGCUAGUGUUUUGUCUUCUUCGGUGAGUUGCAAAGUGUUGUUAUUCAAGAAAGAGGAGGCUUUGCUUAUCGGUUGCUCAAUCUCGAGUGGUGAUUGCGUCGAGCUGGUUGAAGUGUUCUCUGAUGUUAUUAGGAAACUGGAUGGGCACGGAAUGCUUUCUUCUUUGCUGUUACAUGGUAUUGUGAGAGUAGCAGUUCAUGCAUCUUGUUACAGAUUUUUGUUUCCAUCAAGACUUGUACUUGAUACAAGGUCAAUUGACGGGAGAAGCAUCAUUGUUUCAAAGCUUCUUUGCCACUUGCCCUGUGAAUUUCUUCUCGAUAACCACAGAAUACCGCUGAGGUUGCUGUUCUGGUAUCUUGAUCCUCUAACUCUAAAGCAUGACAUCGAAAAUAUUCUGCAAGAAGCGAUGGGCAGGCCUUUCCUCUGUUUGAAUAAAGAAUUCCAUGAGAGGAUGAACUGGCGCUCCAUUAUUAUUUCCCUGGUACUUUCUCCCGUUAUGUUCAUUGAGGCCAGAGUUCUACUACAUGAGUGGUUGCUCUUGACGGGUCUGGGUUCCAUACUGGAGCUGUUAGUUGAAUUAAUGUCGGUAAUACUGGAUGUGAUAUCUAGACCGACAUGGUGGGAUAUUUCUGUAGAGUUGGGAUCAAAGCUGCUACAUUCUAAUGCAUACUUUCCCAAUCAGAACCAUUUAUUGAGGACUUUAGCUGGACCUCUCUCUGCAGAAAGUUUCCUUCAAUUAGUUCAUGCUACAAGUGAACCAACAUUUUGUGCAAGAAAACAAUCUGAUCCAAAUAGCAAGCCAGAUGCAAUGAAGGCUGUGAUGAUAGAUCACAAAUCUCACUGGGCUUUGGCAGUCUGCUUCCCUGAUUGGUUCAAUUUUGCUUCUGUUUUACUCUUCUCCGGAACCAACUUUCAAGAAAAGUUUCUAUUGAAAUCGUCGGAAGGGACGCCCAAAGUUGGAAACACUAGUGAAAAAGAAAUGCCUACCCUUUUUGCCACUGCCGCUGCAAGGUAUAUUGCGUGGAUUUUGAACCCAUUUGGUAAAUCUCAUCAGGUUCUGCUAGCUGAUGGUUUGAAUAAAAUAUCAGUGUCUUGGUCUCUGAAACAAAUUGGUGUAGGUGUUUCUGACGAAGAAAAAGCUAGCAGCAGAAAGAAACUUAAGAAACCCAAACUUUAUAUCAAGGAGGAUAGUACUUGUGGAAAAUACCGUGAUUAUCAAAUGAUUGGGAUCUGGCUUGAAGAUUUUCAUGACUUUUUUCUACGGUACUGUAAUAAGUAUAUCAACAAUUAUGUAUUUUGUGAAGCAAAAUUACGCUGUGGUCUCUAUCUGCAGCACAAAAUGUUAAGGCAAAUACCAUUAGGCAUCUUGAUUGGGUAUCCCAACUAUAUAAAUGAAGAUGGAUGUGGGCUGCUGCUGCAUUAUGCUGCAACUGGUAGGAUGCUUCAGUCUGUAACAGUGGAUGCUACAACAAAGCAUGUAAAGUUGAAUACGGAGGGACAGAAACAUGUAGAUGUAUGGGGUGGCAAUCAAUUUGACAAAAAGGAAGCAAUAACGGGUGCCUGUCUUGUUUUCAGUUUGACUGAUGCUGUUGAGAGAAUGGCCGCUUCACUAUUCGAGACAGAAGAAAGUGAAGCAGACAUUGUUUGCCGUGUAAAAUUAAGAACUGGUAAGUACUUGGUGAAGUGUAUUAAGAGGCUAAUCCAACUUAGCAUUGACAAAGAAGAGGCUCUGAUGCUGGUGGAUCUUCAUGGUAGAUUGAUGCGCUGGAGAAAUCAAGGGAAAGAAGCAUUAGAGCUUCAUGAAGAUCUAGAUGAUGCCUUUGCCUGCUUGACUAAUAAAUUAUCUGUCCUAAGUUGAUACUGUACACAAGAGAAGCCUUUUCUUGUACAGAAAACACUCUGGGGAUCCCUUUUUUUCCCUCCCUAGCUGGGUUUUGCGACUUUUGUCAAUUUCGUCACCCCUUUAUCUUUCUCCCAAAGUUGUAGUUGUCACAUUGAUGUACAGAAUGACUUAUGGAGAAUAGAGACACAUGGACAAGUUUCAUUUCCUGCUAGUUUUCUGUAUUUAUAAAGAGCUUUAAAGAGAGGUCAGAACAGCUUUCUAGUUAUGCAGUAGAUAUAUUCGGCAGAUGUAUCAUUCAAAAGCUGGCAUUUAUUCCUUUAAACUUGUUAUGACAAAGUACAAGCAAUGCAUAUGCAGUUCUUGAAAACUUAUAUAUGAUAUUUAUACCCGGCAAGCCAAAGGCUUGCCCUGUAUGAAUGUCCUAAACACCUUUUCAUGUUCUAAUAAGCCUUACUAUCAUGUGUGGAAACACAUUUGACACACUUAUAGCUUUGUCUAUAUACAAAUGCAGUAUCGGCCUUCGGCCAUAUUUCACCUGUGGAGUUUCAUUUUAUUUUAUUUUGUUUCAAGUAAAAAA